AGCCCGCGUCACGAUACCUCCCACACGUCUAUUGACAUCGCUGCCAAGCCUACAUCCCGAGCCCGGAUAGGCAGCGUAUCCAGCCAGCAAUCUCGCACACACACACACGCACUCCACACCCAACACCAUCGCACACAUCCCAGUCGUGCCGAGCCCACGCACACACACGCGCGCGCACACACUUAGAUUAUUUCGCUCGCUGGCCGCGUCGUUCACUUUGGUGGGGCCCCAACGUGGCCGCGCCACCGCGUGGGUGACACCCAGCACGGAGCAUGAGAGACAGCUGAGAGAGAGAGAGACACAGGGACAGACACCAAGCCACCAAGGAUGGGAGUUCACGAGGCCGAGCUCUUGCUACUGCUGAUUUUCACCUUCCCAGCAAAGCCACAGACGUGUUGAGGAACUAGCAAGUUAAGGACAAAAAAAGAGUCCAAUUCCAAAAAACGACCUGCGCUGACUGACCUUCAGCCACUCGAAUCGCCACUGCGGUGACAUCAGCUGCACGGGGCGUGCUCUGCCCUGAGCCCUAGGCUGCUGCUGCUGUGCAUGCACUCAAGACGAUGGGGUUCGGCAUCUUGUGCAAAGUCAUUUUGUCGGCUCUCCUGUGCCUCUGCUUUUGCCCUGGAGGAACUCAGUCGGCACUGAGGGUGAUCGUCCCUUCUCCGGUGACGGUGGAGUUGGGGAGCGAUAUCAUCAUCCCGUGCUCAUACGAGGUGACGGACGGCAGCUCUGCCACCUCGUCCUCCUCACCCGUCACUUUGCAGUGGCUCUACGAAGAAAAGGGCACGGACGGACGGACCAGCCCUCAACGUAUUCUAUAUAAACAUGGCAGCACCAUCUACCACGAUAACAACGUCCACUACUACGGGCGCGUGGACGUGUCCGCCGACCUCACGCUGACCGUUCGCCAGGCGCGCCUGGAGGACGCUCGCACGUUCACGUGCGAGGUCGUGAGCCCGCACGGCACCAACGAGGCCCACACCACGGUCAACGUCUUCGGUAAACCGACACUUCCGAAAAUAACAGCAAACAGCCUUCCCAUUCUUGCCAACACGCUUGAGCAGAUUGCCACCUGCACAUCGAGCAACGCGUUCCCGGAGCCUGUCAUCGUGUGGUACAAAGAUGUAGAGAAGAUGGAUAAAUCUGCAGCCGAGACCGAGUCGGCCGUGCAGCCGGACGGCCUCUUCUCCGUCACCUCAAAGUUACGCUCGAGACCUUCCAGGGCCGACCGUGACUCGCUCUACUACUGCGAGCUCCUUCACUGGGCGCCGGGCAAAGGCCCCGGAAUGCCCCCGCAGCAAAAGCUUCUCAAGUCCGCCGCCGUCAACGUCACGGUGCACUAUCCCCCGCAGAGAGUGACACUCGUCGUGGAGCCCGCCACUGUCAAGGAGGGAGACAGCGUCGUCAUGGAGUGCAGCACGGACGGGAACCCGCAGCCCUCUUCCUUCGAGUUCUACAGGGUCUUUGAGAAGGAGGAGAGGCGGGAGCGGCUGACCACGGGCGUGCGGGGAGCGCGGCUCACCGUGCCCGCGGUGCAGCGCUCCGACUCGGGCGUCUACGCCUGCACGCCGACCGUCACGCCGCCCGGCCAACCGGGACCGGGCCUCACCGCCGAUCGCAAGGCCCUCUACGUGCACUUCAUGGGCGAGGUGGCGCCCAGCUCGCGGGCACCCGUGGUGGUGCCGCGGGGGGGCACGCUGGCCGUGUGGUGCACCGCCGAGGCGUCCACGACCCUCGUGUGCACCUGGGUCAAGAACGACCAGGUGCUACUCAAGGGCUUCAAGCUGAGGAAGCAGAACGUGGGCUACACGGACAUGGGCGUGUACACGUGCGUGUGCACGCUGGAGGAGGUGCCGGACCUGAGCCGCAACAGCUCCGUGCAAGUGCUUGUGGAAGGUCCCCCAGCGCUGCAGGGACAGCCGAGCACGUGCGUUGAUGUGAACGAGAGCCUGGAGCUCGCAUGCACCAUGCAGGGCUUUCCCAGGCCCCACGUCAUGUGGAGCAUCACCGGGAGCCAGUCCGAGGAGUGGGAGGAGCAGAAUGCUCUGCUCAUAAGUCGGCUGGCGGUGUCUGGCUUGGAGCCAGCGCAGCAGGAGGUGACAUGCAACGCCAGCAACCGGCUGGGCACGGAGGGGCGACGCUUCACCCUGAGCCGCAGCUGUCAGUACCAAAUCCUCUCAAGCAACAAUUUGCCUCUCGCUGAGUGUAGCAGCUGGCUGCAGAACGCCCUCGUCCUGGCCCUGGCGGUGGGCGGCGCGCUGCUGCUGGCGCUCGUCGUCGUGGUCGUGGUCCUGGUGGUGAAGCUGAAGCGCAGGAGGGGCCGCGCGCCGCCCGACAAGACGCCCAGAACUUCAAACAAUGAAAAGCCUGAACAAGAGCCGCUCAAGAAGGGUUCACUGGUGGACACCACCAAGGUGUGAAGAGGCUGGGAACCAGCCACAGGAUUACUCUCCUUCACAAGCUGCCUUGACACGACAAACGCCUCCACCCACAAUCAGAAUCUUUAUUUAUCCCGGAGGAAUCCAAUGAGCUGUAAAGCUCUUUUUCCACACGUCCCAUAGGGGCGGGCAGGCAGGAUGGGGUGGGUUCAGCGAGUUAUAUCUACAAGCAAUACAAUAGGCAAGAUUGGAGAAAAGGGUUUCAACUCGCUUAAAAUAAAUAUGUAUAUACAUAUAAAUACACGUAAUACCCAACGGGGAGGAGUGCGCGCAGAUGUUUACGGGAUCUUAUGAGAGGUAGAAUUAUGGGAUGAGUCUCCGAGUUGCCUUCUGGCAAAAUAAUAAUAAUUCCUCGUGACUUCCACUUGUGGUUUUUAUUGAAUAUCCAAAAAUGUUGCGGACUUGGAUAAUACACCUGAUGGAUUUAAUUUGUACAGUGUAAAAUAGUACCGUUAGGUUUGUAAAUAUUUUUGUAAAUUAUUGUACAGGUUGACUUGGAAAUGAGAUUGUGUUUUUUGUAAUAUUUAAAUAAUUUGUCAUUUACGAAAUAAAUAAGUAAUAUAUCA